CCUCCAGGCAGAGGCCCGGCGUCCACUGCUCCCCACCCUCCUGCUUCCCACGGAAGAUUCCAGAAGCCACAGAUCUGUGCCUCCCAGAAGAUGCAGUUGCUCCUCCUGCUGCUCAUGGCAGGGGGCGCCUGCCUGAGCUUGCUGGCUGCAGUUACAGCAGGGGGCAGCUCCACCAAUCUGGACACCCCCAGCCUGGAGCCCAUCCACCGGCGCCAGAAGCGAGAUUGGAUUUGGAACCAGAUGCACAUUGACGAAGAGAAGAACUCCUCCCUGCCCCAUUACGUGGGCAAGAUCAAGUCAAGUGUGAAUCGCAAGAAUGCCAAGUAUGUGCUCAGGGGUGAGGCCGCUGACAAGGUCUUCAAGGUGGAUGCGAACACAGGCGACGUGUAUGCCUUUGAGAGGUUGGACCGAGAGAAAGUGUCUGAGUACCACCUCACCGCCCUGAUAGUGGACAAGGACACCAACAAGAACCUAGAGUCACCCUCCAGUUUCACCAUCAAGGUUCACGACAUCAACGACAACUGGCCAGUGUUCACACGCCAAGUGUUCAAUGCCUCGGUGCCCGAGAUGUCAGCUGUGGGGACCUCAGUGAUCCGUGUGACCGCAACGGACGCCGAUGAUCCCACGGUGGGGGAUCAUGCGUCCGUCAUGUACCAGGUUCUCAAAGGAGAAGAAUACUUUGCCAUCGACAACAGCGGACUCAUUUUCACGACCACCAAAAACUUGGACCGAGAGGAGAAGGCCCGAUACGAGGUGGUGGUGGAAGCCCGGGAUGCCCACGGUCUCCGGGGGGAGUCGGGCACGGCCACCGUGGUGAUCACAUUGAAGGACAUCAAUGACAACUUCCCCAUCUUCACCCAGAGCAAGUACACCUUCACCGUGCCCGAAGACAUCCGUGUGGGCAGCUCCCUAGGCUCCCUGUUCGUGGAGGACCCCGACGAACCCCAGAACCGGAUGACCAAGUAUAGCAUCGUGCAGGGCGAGUACAGGGACACCUUCACCAUCGAGACAGACUCCAGCCGCAACGAGGGCAUCAUCAAGCCCAUGAAGCCCCUGGACUAUGAGCGCAUCCGACAGUACAGCUUCACCAUCGAGGCCACGGACCCCACCAUCAACCUCCGCUACCUCAGCAGCAACCCCACCAAAAACAUCGCCCGCGUCAUCAUCAGCGUCACCGACGUGGACGAGCCCCCCGUCUUCCAGCAGCCCUUCUACCACUUUCAGCUUCCGGAGAACAAGAAGAAGCCUCUGGUGGGCUCUGUGCUGGCCGUAGACCCCGAUGCUGCGCAGCUGAACAUUGGAUACUCCAUCCGCAAGAACAGUGACAAGGGCCAGUUCUUCCGAAUAAGCAAGCAAGGGAACAUUUACAAUGAGAAAGAACUGGACAGAGAAAUGUACCCUUGGUACAACCUGACUGUGGAGGCCAAAGAACUGGAUUCCCGUGGGACCCCCACAGGCAAAGAAUCCAUUGUGCAGGUCCAUAUUGAAGUUUUGGAUGAGAACGACAAUGCCCCUGAGUUUGCCCAGCCCUAUGAGCCCAAAGUGUGCGAGAACUCCGAGAGAGGCAAGCUGGUGGUGCGGAUCUCAGCUAUCGAUAAAGACAUUACCCCACGGGAUGUGAAGUUCCGGUUCUCCCUGAGCACUGAGGACAGCAACUUCACCCUCACAGAUAACCGCGAUAACACAGCCAAUAUCACCGUCAAGUAUGGGCAGUUUGACCGCGAGCGAACCAAGGUCCACUUGCUGCCCGUGGUCAUCUCAGACAACGGGCGACCGAGCCUCACAGGCACCAGCACGCUGGCUGUGGCUGUGUGCAAGUGCAAUGAGUACGGCGAGUUCACCUUCUGCGAAGGGCCGGCGGCCCAGGUGGGCGUCAGCAUCCAGGCACUGGUGGCCAUCUUCCUCUGCAUCCUCACCAUCACAGUGAUCACCCUCCUCAUCUUCCUGCGCCGCCGGCUCCGGAAGCAGGCCCGCGCGCACGGCAAGGGCGUGCCCGAGAUCCACGAGCAGCUGGUCACCUACGACGAGGAGGGCGGUGGCGAGAUGGACACCAACAGCUACGACGUGUCGGUGCUCACCUCGGUGCGUCACAACGGGGGUGGCGGGGCCGUGGGGGCAGCCAAGCCCCCCCGGGCGGCGCUGUACGCCCAGGUGCAGAAGCCACCGAGGCACGUUCCCGGGGAGAUGGCCGCGAUGAUCGAGGUGAAGAAGGACGAGGCGGACCACGACGGCGGGGGCCCGCCCUACGACACGCUGCACAUCUACGGCUACGAGGGCUCCGAGUCCAUUGCAGAGUCGCUCAGCUCGCUGGGCACCGACUCAUCCGACUCGGACAUUGAUUACGACUUCCUCAACGACUGGGGCCCCCGCUUCAAGAUGCUGGCUGAGCUCUACGGCUCAGACACCCGGGAGGAGCUGGGGUUUUAAGGGGGGGCUGCCCGCCUCCAGGCCCGGACACCCGAACCACAGCGGUUCAGGCUGGUCGGACACCACGUGAUGAACCCUGGCAGGGUAGAGCACUGAAAUCCCAGUCAAAUCCGGCACCCCUUCCUCGUGGGUCUCAGUGACCUCACCAGCGUGGGGAGCCAAUGCAAGUUUCUCAAAGGGUCCUGGAACCCAUUUCAGGGAUGUGGACCCUCACUACUGGACAAGCCAAGCUAGAGAUCUGUCUCAGCAUGGACUGCCACCUAACCCCAUGUCUAACUUAAAGGCUUCCUCUGGCUUCUCAGAGCAGCUCACUGACCACUAUCCAAAUGUCCAUGGCCUAUCCUGCUGGAGGGGAAGGUCCCGGUGGCAUGACCUGGGGCAGGAACUGCAGCUCAGACCCAGGGGGAAUGAACCACCCAUCACCCAUCUCUGUAUUGCUUCACCUUCUCAUACACACCCCAAGCCUCCCACCAGCCGCAUCCUAGCCUGCCCAGAGCAGGAAGGGCCCAUGGGCAGUUCCCCACCAUAGCCCCACGGUCCCCUCAGUCCCCUCAAGCCUGCCAGGGAAGCAAAGCUGCAUUGCAUGGUGACAGUUCGUCCAACACCAUGCACAGCAUGAUGACAAGGCUGGUUGAUUUUUUUAAGCAACUGUGAAUUCCUGCUGAAGGGGACAGCAGAGACCGAGUGUGACAGAUCUGAGGAUGAGGGCUCGGAGCUGUGACCCCGAUCUCCUCAUCACCAACACCCCUCCAGUUUUUCCUGGGAAGUGAGGCAGCUGUUUCCAGAACUUUCUCUGCCUUACCAGAUCACUCACUCAUGUUUUCCUUUCUCUUCUCCAUCUGGGGGGUGACUCCCCAACCCCCAUCUGUCUACUCAUGGCUUGACUUUAGAGGCCCCCAGAAUACCUCCCACCACCACUCAGCACAGGGUCCAAACCCGGACAUACUGCACAACAGAGCCGAACCAUUUGCCUUCACACCUCGUUGUUGCCCCAUCUCAGGGAACCCCAUAAGGGGCCCGUCCCUCCACACACCCUACAGGAGGCGAAGCCCCAGCUGGCUCAUGCCCUGUGCUCAUCACCUCCCACUUCCAGCCACGCCUGGAAUCUUCCACUAUAAACUCACCCUGGGGAAGAGACCCCUGCAGCGGCAGGGGGCAAGGAAGGGAGGCCAAGCUGGAACUCACCCCCUGAGGGGCCUCUACACUGGCCAAGACCCCUCCUGAGUCAGGGGAAUGUAGAUAAUACUGAUCAUUGUUGUUUUAACCAAUAGUUUUUCACAUUUUUUUAAACUAAUAAUACUUACAUGUUUCUAGCUUUCACCAACAUAUAGAAUAAGGGGUUUGCACAAUAAGCUGGUUGCUAGUUAGGUUAACCAUUAAUUCAGGGUUUUUAGGUAAACAGAUUGCUGUAACUUUUUAUGUUCUAUCAUUGUAGUAUUCAUUCUGGAAAUGACUAUUGGUGUGUGGGGUAUACUGUAUUAUUUUUUUUUUACCUAAAUAAAGUCUUGAGGUUCCUUCA